CACUUGUUUUCCAGUCUUAAUCAGAUGUAGAUAAAAAAGAAUCAACAAACAUAACCAUAAGUUGUUUACAAGUUGACGUCGGUGAUAAUAAACAAGGCUUCGGACAAUUUCCUUCAUUUUGAAUCAGCAAUGAGAUACCCUGCGUUCGUUGGCGACUAAGUGAUACAAUUUUGCCAGAAUUAUUUUUGAAUUGAAUUUCUGUUUGAGUUGUUUGCGAUUCUUUGCGAUUUUUUAAGAUUAUUUUUUUGAAAAAAUGAACCGAUUACAAUACGCUGUGGUGACUUUGUCUGUGUGGUUGUUUGUGGUUUCUGCGGUGCCUCUCGGAAUUUUACCGGAUGUUCAACACGCCGCACCAAGCCCUGGUCGUCUGGCGGGCGUUGUAUCCAGCCCUGACCCCGCCUCCCUCUACAAGUGGCUCCUACAACUCUUCAGUCAGAAGUCCUUCAUCAACUGGCUGGGGCGGACCCGUGGAAUCAACUUUCAGCCCGGAGUCAGACCAAACAGCGGUGGUACCAGCGACUUAUUUAAUGGGGGAACCGGUGACCCCUUUGCCACGGGGAGACUUGAGGAAGGUGACCCUCAAGCUGUGGACCCAGACUUGGACAUCGUCCGAGACUACAGCCCAAAGGCCUCCCCUAAGUCUAUGACGACCGCACCCCCUACCGUACAGAGAGACUUCCAGGCGGACAACAUCAUCAUCCCCCAAACAGUUCAGCCCCAAAACGAUUUGGGGCUAAACAUUCCGGUCCUUUCACUCCAAGAGACCGGGGGUCUGGCUGACGAUUCCACCCGCAACCCUUCUCCUGCAACCCUACCCAAUGAUCUGGUGAUUAUCCGCGAUCAGCAGAAUGAAGAGUCGGUUGGGCAUGCGCAAACAAGCACAGUGUUGUCUGGCGUUUUUGUGCACUCACGGCUAUCAGAGACAAAUUUCGCAACUCGGCCUUCAGGUGUGGAUGUUCAAACUGUGAACAACUCCCCUUUGCAAGUGGUUACAUCCAGGAAUCUUGAAGAUUUGCAAGUUGAACGGGACGAAGAGUCGCCAAAUCUUGUUCAGGUGAUUCCUACCGAUAUAGUCGAAACAACACGCAAUGUUACGUCGGGAAGUGAUGACGUCAGCAACCUUCCUGUGGCGCGAGAUCGAGAAGAGGGUUCUACCUCCCAGACUCUACCGCCGGACCUUGUUGUCAUCCGGGACAGUGUGGAGGACGAGGACAGUAGCCACAUCGUCACAACGCGAGUCACGAACUCUCCGUCACAACUCUCCACAAAACAGAUCGGGAACGGGAUCCUAAUACUACUUCCGGGUGACGGGGGAAAGUGAGCAGAGCGCGUUGGGUACAGACAUUCCCAAAACAUAUAACAUUGUCUCAGGAACCCUUUUUCGGUUAAGUAUAUCGAAAACAAAGAAAACAUGAGCGAAGAAGAGGUCAUUAUUUCAACAGUGACUAAAGAUAGAUAAUAAGAGUGCAAAAAUAUUCACAAGGAAAAUGCACACAGAAAUGAAACGUGUUCGAUUUAGAAAAGCAUACCAAACUUUCUGCGUGUCCCUUUAACGCUAUCCACUGCACCAUCACAAAUUCCAUUGUACGUGUAUCAUACAUUGUACAUAAGACUAUUUAAGAUUGAAAAAAAACAUGUCGUAUGCCACACGUAGCAUGUAAACAGAGUGUACCUGUGUAAAUAACAUUGAUAAUGUUUUGAAUUAUCAAGUGUUUACAUCAAUGUUUAGAAAAAAUGAUUUCUUCCACUUCAGUCAUUCGAUAAUUUUAAGGACGGGGAAGUAGUUGUCUUGUAGUUGCACAUGUGUAAAUAACAUUUCCAUUUUAUAUGGUACAUUUAUAAUAUAUUUUAAUAUCUAAUUAUCAAAUUUGUACAUAAGUGACUGUGUUCUUUUUGAAAAGUGCCAAAUUGUAAUUCAGUGUAUAUAAUAUGAAUAUAUUUAUAUAUUACCUAGUUUGUAGUUCCACUCUAUUUAUGUAUAAAUGUAAAAGAGUGAAAAUAAACCGAAUAAUUGCAGCAAA